CCCAACGUCAAGGACUUCCAGUGGAAGCGCCUGGCGCCACUGCCCAGCCGCCGGGUGUACUGCUCCCUGCUGGAGACCGGGGGGCAGGUCUAUGCCAUCGGGGGAUGUGACGACAAUGGCGUCCCCAUGGACUGCUUUGAGGUCUACGCCCCCGAGGCCGACCAGUGGACAGCCCUGCCCCCCCUGCCUACGGCCAGGGCCGGGGUGGCCAUCAUCGCCCUGGGGAAGCGGAUCAUGGUGAUCGGGGGCGUGGGCUCCAACCAGCUGCCCCUGAAGGUCGUGGAGAUGUACAACAUCGAUGAGGGCAAGUGGAAGAAGAGGAGCGUUCUGCGAGAGGCCGCCAUGGGCAUUUCUGUCACGGCCAAAGAUUACCGAGUGUACGCGGCAGGCGGGAUGGGCCUGGACCUCCGUCCACACAACCACCUGCAGCAUUACGACAUGCUCAAGGACAUGUGGGUGUCGCUAGCACCCAUGCCCACCCCGAGAUACGCUGCCACCUCCUUCCUCCGAGGCUCCAAGAUCUACGUGCUGGGGGGACGACAGUCCAAGUAUGCAGUCAACGCCUUCGAGGUCUUUGACAUUGAGACUCGCUCCUGGACCAAGUUCCCCAACAUCCCCUGCAAGCGGGCCUUCUCCAGCUUCGUGACGCUGGACGACCGCCUAUACAGUCUGGGAGGCCUGCGGCAGGGUCGUCUCUACCGGCAGCCCAAGUUCCUGCGUACCAUGGACGUGUUCGACAUGGAGCAGGGCGGGUGGCUGAAAAUGGAACGCUCGUUCUUCCUCAAGAAGCGGCGUGCAGACUUCGUGGCCGGGUCUCUGAGUGGACGCAUCGUGGUGGCUGGAGGACUGGGGAACCAACCCACUGUGCUGGAGACGGCAGAGGCCUUCCACCCAGGGAAGAACAAAUGGGAGGUCCUGCCCGCCAUGCCCACCCCCCGCUGUGCCUGCUCCAGCAUCGUCAUCAAGAACUGCCUCCUGGCUGUGGGGGGUGUCAACCAGGGCCUGAGUGACGCAGUGGAAGCCCUGUGUGUCUCUGACUCCUAGCUGCCCCUCGCCUUCACCCUGGACUUGUUCGCGCCCCUCUCGACAUGAGGAAGCAGCCCGGACUCCUUCCUGGGGGCCACGCUGUCAGCCCUGGGUGGGGCCCCACCCCAGCACUGAUCUCUCGCCACCUCCAAACCUAGCCAGCCCCAGGAAUCUAUAAGCAGUCCCGACGAUUCUGAAGUCCAGCUGGUGCUGGGAUGAGUCCUCACCACUGCCCAGGCAGCGGAGGUACAGGGCAGUCACCUCCUCUUUGUGAGACCCCCCAGCCUGUCUCCGGGGUAAGAGGCCACAGCAGACAGCUCGGACCUGAAGAUGAGCAGCUAUUGCUGUCCGUUCCCAGCUCAGAACCAGUUGAGGGUCUCUUAGGCUGGGCAGUGAGGAAAGGUCAGUGGGGAUGUCUCGGACCUCUCUCCUCUCCCUCUGUCUGCAUCCGCUUGUUGCCUGGUUGUCUGCUGUGGCGGCCUGGACUGCCUGCGCUCUGCAAGAACCCGCCUUGGCACUGGAGGUGGCCAUGGGAAGGCAGGCAGGCAGGCUCGCCCGCAAGGCCCGGUCAGCAGCCUCGGCCAGGAAGGACCCCUGCCUGUUGGGGUCCUUGAAGGGAAUGUGACAAGAAGGAUGGAGCAGACACCAGCCCAGGGUCUGCUCCCCCUCCUCUCCUCACUCCAGCUCUCCCUCUGCCACCACCCCCACCAGAAGCCCAGCCCCCCCCACUCCCAUCCCCCAAUCACCAACAGUCCCAGAGUUUCUGCCUGAAACCUUCUCGUCCACACUGUGGCAUCCAAACCCAGCAAGCCUGGAUUCAUUGCACUCCAGUUCACAGCAG